UUUUUUUUUAAUCCCCGCACCAAGCACUUAACCUCAUUAGGGUGGAGGAGAAGGCGUCGGCGAUCUGGUGGGGCGGCGGCAACUCGGGCGAGUAACGCGGCAAUGGACUGCUGAAUUAUGAAGUAUUUCAGACCCAAUACCAGAACAUCAUUCUACCACUCACUCCUUUAUCUUCUACUAGUUAUUUAAAUUGAACUUUUAAUAUCCUACCAGCUGCUCUUCAGACACACAUGGUGCAUUGUUGCCAUUCCCCGGAUUGCAUCUUUGAAACACAGGCUCUUGGUAACCUUCAGAGAACAAAGAGGCAACCUCCCGGGUACAUUUACUGGGAGGGUGUCACCCUGACUGCCCUCUAGCUUUUGCUGCAUCUCAAUUUGAAUUCCACCAUGGAGCCUCGCAUGGAGUCCUGCCUGGCACAGGUGUUGCAAAAGGAUGUGGGGAAACGACUGCAGGUUGGCCAAGAACUUAUAGACUAUUUCUCAGACAAACAGAAGUCUGCUGACCUUGAGCAUGACCAGACCAUGUUAGAUAAACUUGUGGAUGGACUUGCUACCUCUUGGGUGAACUCUAGCAAUUAUAAGGUGGCUCUUCUGGGCAUGGACAUCCUGUCCGCGCUGGUCACCCGGCUGCAGGAUCGGUUCAAGGCGCAGAUUGGCACAGUGCUGCCAAGUUUAAUAGACAGACUGGGAGAUGCUAAAGACUCUGUGAGAGAGCAAGACCAGACUCUGCUGCUAAAGAUCAUGGAUCAAGCUGCUAAUCCCCAGUACGUGUGGGACCGAAUGCUGGGAGGCUUCAAGCACAAGAAUUUCCGGACUCGGGAAGGCACAUGUGUCUGUCUCGUUGCCACUCUCAAUGCCUCUGGAGCACAUACUUUGACACUAAGCAAGAUUGUGCCACAUAUAUGUAAUUUACUUGGAGAUCCAAACAGCCAGGUUCGAGAUGCAGCAAUAAACAGCUUAGUGGAAAUUUACAGACAUGUAGGAGAACGUGUGAGGGCAGAUCUCAGUAAAAAAGGAUUGCCACAGUCCCGGUUGAAUGUAAUUUUUACAAAAUUUGAUGAAGUCCAAAAAUCUGGAAACAUGAUACAAUCUGCAAAUGAUAAGAAUUUUGAUGAUGAAGAUUCUGUGGAUGGUAAUAGACCUUCCUCUGCUAGUUCUACAUCAUCCAAAGCUCCACCAAGCUCGCGGAGAAAUGCUGGAACGGGGACCACCCGUCGGCUUGGAUCAACCACUCUUGGAUCCAAGUCUUCAGCUACAAAAGAAGGAGCUGGUGCUGUUGAUGAAGAGGAUUUUAUUAAAGCCUUCGAUGAUGUACCUGUAGUGCAGAUUUAUUCCAGCCGAGACCUUGAGGAAUCCAUAAACAAGAUUAGGGAAAUACUGUCUGAUGACAAGCAUGAUUGGGAGCAAAGAGUAACUGCUCUAAAAAAGAUUAGAUCUUUACUUUUGGCUGGUGCUGCUGACUAUGAUAACUUCUUUCAACAUUUGCGACUUUUGGAUGGAGCCUUUAAACUAUCUGCUAAGGAUCUGCGGUCUCAGGUAGUGCGGGAGGCUUGUAUCACAUUGGGGCAUCUGUCAUCAGUUCUGGGGAAUAAGUUUGACCACGGAGCUGAAGCCAUCAUGCCGACUAUCUUUAAUUUAAUUCCAAACAGUGCCAAAAUUAUGGCCACUUCUGGUGUUGUAGCGGUUAGGCUAAUCAUUCGGCACACACACAUCCCUAGGCUAAUACCUGUCAUAACAAGCAACUGUACCUCUAAGUCUGUUGCAGUUAGAAGGCGCUGUUUUGAAUUUUUAGAUUUACUUUUACAAGAAUGGCAAACACAUUCACUGGAACGACACAUAUCAGUAUUAGCUGAAACAAUAAAGAAGGGAAUCCAUGAUGCUGAUUCUGAAGCAAGGAUAGAAGCCAGAAAGUGUUACUGGGGCUUCCACAGUCACUUCAGCAGAGAAGCAGAGCACUUGUACCACAACCUGGAGUCCUCCUACCAGAAGGCCCUGCAGUCGCACCUGAAGAACUCGGACAGCAUCGUGUCCUUGCCGCAAUCCGAUCGCUCGUCUUCUAGCUCUCAGGAGAGUCUGAAUCGGCCGCUCUCUGCCAAAAGAAGUUCUACUGGAAGUACGGCCUCUAGAGCUUCUACAGUCAGCACCAAAUCUGUGUCAACGACUGGGUCCCUCCAGCGGUCUCGAAGUGACAUCGAUGUGAAUGCAGCUGCCAGUGCCAAAUCAAAAGCCUCCUCGGCUUCAGGCGCCACACCCUUCAGCUCGGCAGCGGCCUUGCCUCCAGGGUCAUACGCAUCCUUAGGUCGGAUUCGUACGAGACGGCAAAACUCUGGGAGCACCACCAAUGUCGCCUCUAUACCUUCUGAUAAUCGAGGCCGCAGUCGCGCUAAAGUGGUUUCACAGUCCCAGCGAUCCAGAUCUGCUAAUCCUGCUGGUGCUGGCAGCCGGUCAAGUUCUCCAGGGAAAUUGUUGGGAAGUGGUUAUAGUGGCCUUGCUGGGGGUUCGUCGAGAGGCCCGCCUGUGACACCCUCUUCAGAAAAACGAAGCAAGAUUCCCAGGAGUCAGGGGUGUAGCCGAGAAACAAGCCCAAACCGAAUGGGAUUAGACCGGUUUGGGCUUGGCCAGGCAGGACGAAUACCUGGUUCUGUGAAUGCCAUGCGUGUGUUAAGCACAAGCACAGAUCUUGAAGCUGCUGUUGCGGAUGCUCUGAAGAAGCCUGUGAGGAGGAGAUACGAGCCAUAUGGGAUGUAUUCUGACGAUGAUGCCAACAGUGAUGCCUCGAGUGUUUGCUCUGAGCGCUCAUAUGGUUCCAGGAAUGGGGGCAUUCCCCAUUAUCUGCGGCAGACCGAGGAUGUAGCAGAAGUUCUCAACCACUGUGCUAGUUCAAACUGGUCAGAGAGGAAAGAAGGGCUCCUGGGCCUGCAGAACUUGCUGAAGAGCCAAAGGACACUGAGUCGAGUAGAAUUGAAAAGAUUGUGUGAGAUCUUCACACGAAUGUUUGCUGACCCACAUAGCAAGAUUGCUGAUUCAGAACCAGAAUGUGAGGAUAAAGAAGGAAAUUUGUUUCCAUCAGAAGGCUCUUGUACAAGAGUUUUCAGUAUGUUUUUGGAGACUCUUGUUGAUUUUAUAAUAAUUCAUAAGGAUGAUUUGCAAGACUGGCUUUUUGUUCUUCUCACACAAUUACUUAAGAAAAUGGGAGCAGAUUUGCUUGGAUCUGUGCAAGCGAAAGUUCAGAAGGCUCUGGAUGUCACAAGGGACUCCUUUCCAUUUGAUCAACAAUUUAACAUUUUGAUGAGAUUUAUUGUGGAUCAAACUCAGACUCCUAACCUCAAGGUCAAAGUUGCAAUCCUGAAGUACAUCGAGUCUCUUGCCCGACAGAUGGAUCCAACAGAUUUUAUAAACUCUAGUGAGACCAGGCUUGCUGUUUCUAGAAUUAUAACCUGGACAACAGAACCAAAGAGUUCAGACGUGAGAAAGGCAGCACAAAUUGUGCUAAUUUCGUUGUUUGAAUUGAACACUCCUGAAUUUACCAUGUUACUUGGUGCCUUGCCCAAAACAUUCCAGGAUGGUGCCACCAAACUCCUGCAUAACCACCUCAAGAAUUCCAGUAACACCAGUGUGGGCUCUCCGAGCAAUACAAUUGGCCGGACUCCCUCCCGACACACCAGCAGCAGGACCAGCCCCCUGACCUCACCCACCAACUGUUCCCAUGGGGGCCUGUCUCCAAGCAUGCUGGACUAUGAUACAGAGAACCUGAACUCUGAAGAAAUCUAUAGCUCUUUGCGUGGAGUUACAGAAGCCAUUGAAAAAUUUAGUUUUCGAAGCCAAGAGGAUCUGAAUGAGCCAAUUAAACGAGAUGGCAAGAAGGACUGUGAUAUUGUAUCCCGGGAUGGUGGAGUUGCAUCCCCGGCCACCGAGGGCCGGGGAGGCAGUGAUGUGGUGGAAGGAGGCAGAACAGCUCUGGAUAACAAGACCUCCCUCCUCAACACCCAGCCUCCGCGCGCCUUCCCUGGGCCACGGGUGCGAGACUACAAUCUGUACCCCUACUCGGAUACCAUCAAUACCUAUGACAAGACAGCCCUGAAGGAGGCCGUAUUUGACGAUGACAUGGAGCAGCUUCGAGAUGUGCCCAUUGACCAUUCGGAUUUGGUGGCUGACCUUCUGAAAGAGCUGUCCAACCACAACGAGCGCGUGGAAGAGCGGAAAGGCGCCCUGCUGGAGCUGCUCAAGAUCACCCGGGAGGACAGCCUGGGCGUCUGGGAGGAGCACUUCAAGACCAUCCUGCUACUUCUCCUGGAGACCCUCGGCGACAAAGAUUAUUCCAUUCGAGCACUGGCAUUGAGAGUUUUACGGGAAAUUCUGAGAAACCAGCCAGCAAGAUUCAAAAACUACGCCGAGCUGACGAUCAUGAAGACUCUGGAAGCCCAUAAAGACUCCCACAAAGAGGUGGUGAGGGCUGCCGAGGAAGCCGCAUCCACUCUGGCCAGCUCCAUCCACCCUGAGCAGUGCAUCAAAGUCCUUUGCCCCAUCAUCCAGACAGCUGACUACCCCAUCAACCUUGCUGCCAUCAAGAUGCAGACCAAGGUCGUGGAGAGGAUUGCCCGGGAGUCCCUGCUGCAGCUCCUAGCUGACAUCAUCCCAGGCUUGCUGCAGGGUUAUGACAACACUGAGAGUAGCGUGCGGAAGGCCAGUGUGUUUUGCUUAGUAGCAAUUUAUUCCGUAAUCGGAGAAGAGCUGAAACCUCACCUUGCACAGCUCACGGGGAGCAAGAUGAAGCUACUAAACUUAUAUAUAAAGAGGGCCCAGACCACGAACAGCAACAGCAGCUCCUCCUCCGACGUCUCCACACACAGCUAAUGGCAGCGCCAGUCUCUGGAUCCCCAGAAUGGCCGGCGAUGCCUCUCAGAGACCUUCCCCCCUCGCAGGCUCCCGGCCAGGGCGAGGAGGCCACAAUAUUUAUUACAAUCAGUAUUUUGGUCCCUUCCAGCUUUUGUGUAGAAUCUUACUGGCAUUGAAUGUAAAGGAAGCAAGGCCUGUUUGCAGUCUUCAUACAAAACUAAAGGAGUCAGAAGAGCCAUAGAGUCUCCUGCAGCCUGCUGAGGUCAGAACCUUGGGUGUGCGCAGUUUCAGACCCCGAGCCUCUAGCCAGCACUUGACAGGAAGUAGCAUUUUCUCAGCUGGGGACAGAGGUGUGGGUGUGUCGAUUGUGUUUCUCUUUCAUUUUUGCGUUCUUCGUUCUGGAUGUGGCCCAUAUGGGGCAGACUACCCUCUCCCCCUCACAGCUGACACCACCCAAGGGUUGGUUGUAUGUCUUUAAAUUGUAUUUUGAGACCUACUAAGAAUGGGAAUCAUAUCUUGGCAAGAAAUGGAGGAAAACCUGAAGAUGGCCUUCUAACAAACACCUGGAAUUUUGUUUUUAGUACCUAGACUGGCGGCCGACUGCCCUCAUAUAGUGCAUUAGAAAGGCAUCCUUGCAGUCUCCUCCAGGACACGCACCAGCCCCGAGUACUGCCCCGAUGCUCUCCCACCACCACGGCAUUUCACAGAGCACAGAAGAUCUGAGGGGACACGCUCUUCACAGGGCUUCUCACAACCGUGGUCCUUGGUUAUUCUGAUGUGACACCAUCUGUCCUCUCCUCCAUCUAAGCUGCUCAAUUCUAAAAUGUUUUCAUUUAAUCUGGUAAAUGCCAACUGUACCAUCUCAGUUUUCACUCCUCUGUUUAAUUUGGGAUUAAGGUCAAAGAAACGUCUGGAGAGACCAGGUAUCAAUCAGAAUUAUUAUUAUUUUAAAAUAUGUUUUAUUGAUUUUAGAGAGAGGAAGAGAGAGAGAGUAAA